AGCGGUGGACGCAACUUAUUUAAAGAUGAGUCAUGAUGAGGACAUUGGCCUGACAGGCAGUUGCGGCAAUGGAAAACUCAGACAAUGGUUGAUCGACCAGAUCGACAGCAAGAAUUAUUCUGGUCUGGUGUGGGAAAACGAUGAGAGAACUAUCUUUAGGAUCCCAUGGAAACAUGCAGGAAAGCAAGAUUACAACAGAGAGGAGGAUGCUGCACUCUUCAAGGCGUGGGCAUUGUUUAAGGGUAAAUAUAAGGAAGGUGUUGACAAACCAGACCCCCCCACAUGGAAAACCAGACUACGGUGUGCCCUCAAUAAAAGCAAUGACUUUGAUGAAAUAGUGGAGCGAAGCCAACUGGAUAUUUCAGACCCGUACAAAGUUUACAGAAUCAUUCCAGAGGGAGCAAAAAGAGGAAUGAAAAUGAGCAGUAUUGAGGAGACAGCAUCGCAUGUAAAUAGCCUUGGCUAUAUUCCUCCGUUUGCAUCGGUCCUCAAUCAGGUACCUAGCUUUGUUGUUUCUCAGGAGAGGAGGGACUGGAGGGAUUACCAUGCAUCAACUGAACAGCCACAUCAUCCCAAUACUCAUCAUCAUGGGGCUCAUGCAGAGCUGCAGUACGGCCAGGGCCCCUACCCACCGUCAAUCAGUCGGGCUUGGCCUGGGUCGCACACAGAAAAUGGUUUUCAGCUCGCGUUCCACACCUACUUUUCAGAGUCUCAGCCACCUAUGUACGCGAUGGAGCACAACAGUCCCACAACAGAUCUCAGCCUGCAUGUGUCCCUGUACUAUAGAGAAUCAUUGGUGAAGGAAGUUACUAUCACCAGCCCAGAAGGUUGCCGGAUCACCUCCUCCUCUACAUCUUCUCCAUCCUCUUCCUCCUCUUCUUCCCCUUGUCCAGAGGAGAAGUUUCACGGCGGUGCAGAAAUAGUUCUUUUUCCAUUCCCGUACCCCGAGUCUCAGAGGCAGGGUGCCGAGAUGCUUCCUAACAUACUGGAGAAAGGUGUGCUUCUGUGGAUGACAUCCGACGGGCUCUAUGCUAAUCGCCUGUGUCAGGGACGAGUAUACUGGGAAGGACCGUUGGCUCCAUUUAUGGAUAAACCCAACAAACUGGAGAAGGACCAGCCAUGCAAACUGUUUGACACUCAUCAAUUCCUUGUUGCUCUGCAAGAUUAUGCACAGAACGGCCGUCAUCCACCACGAUACCAGGUAGUGCUAUGUUUUGGGGAUGAGUAUCCCGACCCACAACGCCAAAGGAAGAUGAUCACAGCUCAGGUGGAGCCCGUGUUUGCCAGGAAGCUGGUGUACUAUUACCAGCAAAACACUGCUCACUACCUGCGGGCCUACGAACACAUCCAGGAACAGAACAUCUCUCCAGCUUUGGACUAUGCUUCCCAGAGACCUCUUCAGCAUAUUCAGGAUUAAUAAGCACACACACACACACACACACACACACACACACACACACACACACACACACACACACACACACACACACACACACACACACACACACACACACACACACACACACACACACACACACACACACACAAAAGCAGAAGGGUGUGAGUGUGAAUCUAAAGCUGUGAGUUUUUCUCUUGCCCUGUGAAUGUAGUCUGGUGUGCUGGAAGUGGUAGUUGUGAGGGGUGGAGAUGGGGAAGACCCUGUCAUUUCUACUUGCACACCUUUCUGCACCGAUGCUAUGUAAUGUUGUAUCUCUGAAGCCGGAGUGAAUUUUUUUUCUCUUUUUCUUUUUUUCCUCUCCUUUACAAAUAUUAUUGUGACAGUGCGAAGGAUGCGGUUUGAGGGUGGGGGUGAUGAGGGGAGUGGAGAGCAAACUUAGACAGGAAGUACUAGCACAGGUGCACAGGAAGAAUGGCCCCUAAGACGAACACUGAUACGUAUGUAGAAAAGAUAAGACACUUUGAAUGAGACUUGUUAUUCACAGGUAUAUGUUGACCUUGUGAUUCUUGUUAAGAAGCGUUAAACGCAGUCACAUGUUUCUUCCUUCCAAAGCAGCUCAUUUUGUCAUUUUCAAACUGUAUUAUCUUAAAUGAAUACAUACUAAAACAACAGAAAAAAAACUAAAA